AUGGUGGCGGCUUCGGUGAUGGCAACGCUUUGGGUGAGGAUGCGGCGCUGCAGCGAAUUUCAAGCUGAUUGCUGCUUGGCCAUUGCAAGUUGCCCACCGUUAGCCUUGAUGAUGCAGAAGUCCGUCUACCUUUGUGAAGAUCAUCAGGACCCGAAGCUACACACGAGCUACAUUCUAUGUGAGUCUGCGAGCUCCUUCGAAUAUUUCUCUGGGUGUUGUGUGACUGGAUCCCUCAUCGCGACCCUGGCGCUGGUGCAAGCUGGUUGCUAUCCAAGUUGUUGUCUCUUCUCCACCGCUGCCCUGUCCAUGGCCACAGUUUGGAUGCUGCGCCAUGCGGAGAAGGUGUUCCGCGGCCAAGGAAUCGCGCGCUUUCACUUCGAGCUCAGUCCCCUGCAUAUCUUGCUCAUCAACUGGGCCAUUGUGAUCAGCGCCUCCAUCGACUUCUGGGCGCGUUUACAUGCCGUCCGCCGGGGGAUCGAACAGAGCAGGCAGAACGCUGAACGCUCCGCGACCUUUCUCAGCAUGCUGGACUCUGGUCCGGGCUCCACCACCCUGCGCCCGCCACGUGCGUCGCCCAUGAACGCGGCACGGGGUCGCGAGCCGAACGUGGAACACAUGCGUGGUGCGAGCCUCGAGUUGGCGCAGUGGAAUGAGCCGUUAAAGACGCCCAAAGCCAGGAGGCGGCUCUCCGUUUGCGCCCUGCGGCACGGCCAGCGCGCGGAUGACCCGGAAGCCUUCGACGAGUGGGGCUGCUCGGAGGACGCGGAGCGGUUUCCUCACGAUCCGCCCUUGACGCCGAAUGGCUUUCAACAGGCUGAGCUUGCGGCCAAAGAGUUGCUGAAGGAAGGCUUAGCCUUUGACGUGGUGAUUACCUCACCCUACCUGCGCUGCAUUCAAACCGCCUUAGUCGUUUGUGAGACCUUCAAGUCCGACCUACUCCUGGACUAUGCGCUGAGCGAGGUCUAUGGGGCGCCGGUCUUCGAGCACCCGCCCAAACAGGAGAGGCCAUGGGAAAGCCUGAUGAGUUGCCUCCAGGCGUCCGACGCGUCCGCAUUCGGUGGUCUCGACCUUUCCCGCAUCAAAGCUGCACGGCUCAUGGGCCAGCGGCCUCAGUGGCCGGAGACCAUGCCCAAGGCACGCAUGAGAUACGCCAAGCGCUUCCUGGAUUACUUGCGUCGUGCGCGGCACACGAACCGGAGCUGCUUGUUGGUGUCGCAUGGCCACAUGGUCCAGGUGUGUGCGUCCCUCUUCCCCGCCAACCAGCAUCGGCAGAUCUCCAAAGUGGACUACUGUGGCGCUGUGGCGGCCACUUGGAACCGCCAGGCCUCCCGCGGGUCCGACGACGUGUCCACGCGACGCCACCGAGCCGGGCGCUCGGCCACGGUGGAUCUGGCGGACUUGGCGCGGAACGACGAGACCGGGGGGCGACUUCAGCAGAACACCAAGUUGAAGUAUUGGAAGGUCUGGAUGCGUGGUUUGUACAGCACCGCAGUGCGCGGUCACGAAGGUGCUGCGCCUUCGAAGGUGCUGCAGGAACUUCAUGAUCUGGAGCACAGCGAGCCCACUGACGUGGAUCGUUUGCUGGGCCUUCGGCCACCAGAGCUCAGCGAGUUUGAGGAUUCGAAUGCCGCCGCGUCCUCCUUUGCAAGGACAAGUGAGAGCAACUUGAGCUUCAGCACCAACACCAAGACGGCUUCCUCCAUGGCCAACUUCCGCAACCCCGCCCGGAACGCGGGUGCGCCGCCAUCCUUUGCGCUGGACCACCACCAAUCCCGCGCGAGCGACGAUGACACGAAGCCGGCGCCCGACACGAAGCAACAGAGGGGCGCGGUCGGCGCCCUCGCUGGCAUGGCGUCCUCGCCCUUGGCGCAGCGCCGGGCGGCCUCGUCGUUGAGCUUCAUGUUGGACCCACCCAAGCCGUUGGCCGCCAGCUUAGCAGAGAGGAGACGUUCGAGGAAAGAGCUCAAGAUCGAUGAGGGCUCAGACUUCGAAGAGAGGGCGAGCAAAAUCCGAGGGCACAAGGGUUUGCAGGGGAUUGCGUUUGUUGCGUGUAGCGCACCCCAUGCAACUUUGACCAAGUGCAUUUCUGGUGCAGCUCCCUCAAUUCAUCUCAACUCCAAGGACUUCCAUAGCGACAGCGUGCUACAUGGGCUCAGCAUUGUCUCGAUCCAUCGCAAGCGAAUUAGAAAGGCUUUGGUGCCCUCAAGUGCUGAGGACUGGCUUUGGUUGUAG